GGAGUGUCGGUGGACAGUGUAAAAGGAGCUUUACUGUGUCUCUAACCCGUGCUGUUGCUGAUUUUCAGUGGCCUCUUUUGAUGGGAUUUGAACACGAGAGAAUCCACUUGGAAACCUCGUCUGUGCUGGUGCGUCAGAUGCCGGUUCACCUGGUGCGAAAGCCUCGGGAAUGGAAAUACGCCCCGUCCACAGCCGGGAACCCAGGCCUGGAGAAUUCCUCAUCACGGUGUCUGCUGCCCAAGUUACUUAUGGAAAAGCCCGGGAUUUCCCAUCCUACGGCUGGGACAAUGAAUACGGAGAAAUGACAGUGGAGACGCCGGAGUUUGAAGCCGCGAGAUACCUGACGACCAAUGCUGAGUUCCUACGGUUUGUGCUGGCCGGUGGCUACCAGACCCACAGCUACUGGAGUGAGGAGGGUUGGGCGUGGAGGCAGUUCCGGCAGGCUAAGCACCCCACCUUCUGGGUGUGUGCCAAAGGGUGUAAGGCUCACUGUGGCUCCGGCCUCACUGACUAUUCUCACUGCCAGCUGCUCAUAGCCCCCAUAACUAACGGAGGAACUGGGACCCCUAGCUCCCGGGGCAGUCAACAAGAGGGCAGCCUGCAUCAAGACAAAGCCUCAGAGUUCAGUUACAGAGCCAUGUUCGAUGUCCUCCCAAUGCCCUGGGAUUGGCCGGUGGAGGUCAACUAUCACGAGGCAAAAGCGUUCUGUGCGUGGAGAGGUCCCGAGUACAGACUGCCCAGCGAGGCCGAGCACCAGAGGAUGAGAGGCACUCAGAAACCUUCUGAGGUUGGUGUGAGUUGCGACCCUAUAUUCUGUGAGGACCUGGAGCAGAAAUGUAACAUGAACCUGCUGUUCGGAUCCCCAACGCCAGUGAACAUGUUCCCGCCCAGCGAGGCUGGCUUCUACGACGUGUCUGGCAACAUCUGGGAAUGGACCGAGGACCAUUUCAAUGGGCUCCCAGGGUUUGACACUGUUUACCUGUAUGACGAUUUUUCUGCUCCCUGCUUCGACAGCCAACACACUGUCAUUCUGGGUGGUUCCUGGUGUUCAACCGGUGAUGAGGCCUCGCGCUUUGCUCGCUUUGCCUUCAGGAGACAUUUCUUCCAGCAUUUGGGCUUCCGACUGGCCAAGAGCCGUGGGCCUGUGAAGACCCCAGUCCAACGGGUCAGCACAGACAUCUUUUUGCCGGGCACUGGAAUGAAAGAUCACCCUGUCCCUGAGGAAACGAUGCGAGUGGUGUUGACCCCCAGCUCCAACAUCCAGCUACUGUACGAGACAGAAGCCAGGGAGCAGGAACAGCUGGACUGGGAGUACGGGGACCCGAGCCAGGCUUCCUACUGCCGUCAACUGGUCCGGCUGUGCCGAGAGGCCUGGGGGCAGAGAACGGGGCAGCAUCACUCCGCCCUGGUUCUGGGCAGCGGAACAGGCCUCACCUCCUUCCUGCUCACACAACACUUCGACAAGGUGAUCGGGUUGGAUUACUGUGACCGGUUUAUUGCCCUCUCCCAGCAGCUGCAAGCCUCAGGCAGCCUGGGCCUCGGGGUCAAGGUCCCUGACCACUUGCACAGGGACAGGGUGGUCUUCAAACAGUUAUAUCUGGUGGCCGCCAAGUCAAGGUGGUGGUGCUGUGGCAUUGUGCAGUUACACCUGGUGGCUGCACAGGCUGACCAUCACACCGCUCUGUACCAGGAGGCUGCCGGCACCAGCAAGGAGCAGGCGGAGAGGAGCCCGGGCGGAGCAGGCUUUUACCGGAACAUUUUGCCCCCCAAGCUGUAUACUGGCUACUGCGGCAGCAUGUAUGGCUACCACCCCUUCUCUAUGGGCUUCCCUGUCAGCCAGGGCAGCUACAAGACCAUGUCCCCCGCAAUCUGCCAUCCCCGAGGCAGCAUCAGGCAGCCGCAGGCCACCCUGGGAUCCUUUCACCCCAACUCCAUGCUGAUGAGAGACAAUGGCUACAGUCUACACUCCUCCUAUUACUCACCACCAUCGUUCCUGGGACCACGGCUCUUCUCCGGUCCCUCCUACCUCCCCCCGCUCCUCCCCCCGCGGACUGUGGACCCAGCCAGUGAGAUGGAGGUCUCGGCCGAGGCCACUCCUGAGAGCCAGGACUCCGGAAUCUGCCUGACAAGCCAAACCUCCUCCCAGGAACCCAGCAACUGACCCCCCCCCCCACCCCGCCCAUUGGGGGAAAAAGGACCAUCGGAGGAGACC